AUGGAACUGCUUUUACACGUGGUUCCAGGGUGUGGACCAGCCAGAGAGCCCAGAGGCAGCCCUGAACGAGCUGAACCCCCUGGGUGCGGAGCUGGCCUCCCUCCCAGAAGCCCCGCCUGGCCUCCUGGCUCCCUGUGGGGCUGGGGGAGGUGCUUCCGCCCUGCAGGGUUGGUCGGGGUGGGAGGCCGAGGAGAGGGGCCUCUGAACGCCUGUGGGCAGGGGCUGAGGAGCGGCCUCUCCCGCCCGUCCCCUGCUCCCAUACUGGCUGUGCGGCCAGCCUCCCCGACUCUGCCCACCCCCGACCCCGGGCCUAGUGUCACAGCAACGCUCAUCAGCAGAGGCGUGCCAGGGCUCCUGGGGGUGACCCGUGUGUUCCCCAUCGACUUGGCCGAGGCUCGGCUACAGAACCAGCGUGGACAGGAAAUCUACAAAGGAACACUGCCGGGGAAGACAGCUCGCGGGGAGGGCUUCCCGGGCGCGAACCGAGGAGCUGCGGUGAACCUGACCGCGGUCACCCCAGAGAAGGCCAUCAAGCUGGCGGCCAGUGACUUCCGGCAGCACCUGACUCGGGCCCACGGGGCGCAGCGGAAUCUGAAGCUGGAGAUGCUUGCCAGGUGUGGAGCUGGGCUGGGCCAGGCGGUGGUCACCUGUCCCCUGGAAAUGCUCAAGAUGCAGCUGCAGCGUGCUGGGCGCCUGCGUGAGGCCUCUCCCACCUUCGCGUGGGAUCGAAAGACAUACGGGGAUUCCUGUGUCCCAAAGUACAAGUCGCGUGAAACUAUGCAGAUAAGUUUAGAGAUGGUUGAGGAAUGGAAGAAAGAUCAAAGACACAGUUUUAACAGGAGGAUAAGGAAUUGGCGGAGGAGGGGGUCCUACCAGUUUCCUAUAAAGAAAGCCGGGCAGGCAGUGGCCGUGCCCUUGGGAAGCAGCCUAAGCAGCAGGGACAUCCUAUUAGAUAAUACAGACCCGAGAGAGAGCUCCCUGGAGCCAAGAACUGAUGUCCUCACGUUAGGACAACCCUCAGCUCUAGGAAGUGCGGGGCCCGAGGGGCUGCCUUCCCUCCCCGCAGCCAGGGUUCCGCCGCCAGCCCUGCCCCGCGGGGGCCCCCUUUCCCCCGGCAGGCACCUGGCCGCGGCCCUUAUCGCCAGGGAGCUGCUCCGCACCCAGGGCCUGGUGGGGCUCUACCGGGGGCUGGGAGCCGCCCUUCUCGGUGCCCGGCCCAGCCUGCCGCCCCCUCACAGGCCAGUCCCACUGAGUCCGUGUCUGGCUCCUCGGGUGCCGGCAGCGGCUGGGAGCUCGGCGCGGCCGCCCCUCCUCCGCGGGGACACCCCCUUCUCCGUCACCUCCUUCCCCCUGGGGGUCAGGGAGCCCACGGGGAAGGCCUCCUUCGCGCACUCCUUCACGUCUGGCUGUGUCGCAGGCCCGGUGACGCCUCUGGAAGCUGAGUACAUUGCAGGUGGAGCAGCCUGACUUGCUCUCCAGGGGAGGCGUGUGUAGACUCGUCUGUAGGACGAACAUUCUGCACUUUCAGGAUGCAAGAGAUGAAACAGCCCCAGCGUGAAAACCGUGUAGGGUCACGACCCACGGCCCCUGCAGAAACUCUCAUCUCUGACAAACCCCUCACCUCAGGGCUUCCUGUCCCAGGAGGGUUUGGGCACCAGCUAUCAGUGACUGCUGGCCUUCCACGAUUUGAGGCUAAUGGCGGGAGGAGAGGCUUCCCUGUCUCAGGGCUGCCCCUGCUCCUGCCCCAUGAGCCGGGCUCUCGCGCAGUGUGUCCCCCGGGGCUCGAGCCCUUCAUUUUGUAAGGGAGGCCCAGCGACGGGGAGGUCCCCGUUACAGAGCCCACAAGGGCAGAACGGGCCUCAGGGUUCAGCUGAGUGUGCCAGCUCGCACAGGGAACCCGGCACUUUGUGUCGAGGGAAGGGAAGGACGCCAAAAGCAAGAUGUUCACUCAUUGUAACUUCUGCUCAAUUUAGUUUUUAAUACAUAAUUUAUUUAUUUAUUUUCAGCUGCAUUGGGUCUUCAUUGCAGUGCAUGGGCUUCUCGUUGUGGUGGCUUCUCUUGUUGCGGAGCACGGGCUCCAGGCACACAGGCUCGGUAGUUGUGGCUUGCACGCUCUAGGGCGCAGGCUCAGUAGUUGUGGCGCACAGGCUUAGUUGCUCCGCGG